CCUGUUGAUAUUUUUAUUUGGAGUCCAAUCACAGUUAGUUUUUGACAAAGCCACUCCUCCUUCUUAUACCGCAUAUAAAACACAUUGAUAUUGCCCACCUAAUCUUCUCUCCAGCCCUGUUUUGACUCAGUAAAGAAAUGCCGCAUAUUUCAACUACAACUUUAAUGCUGUUUGGCACAGGAUUUUUAACACUUUUGUGUCCAGUGGUCAGUAUAGAGGUUCUGAAAGGAGAAAAUGCUGCUAUAUGGUGUGAACACAACAUCCAUGUUAUUGCAGACUUGUGCUGGUUCAAGCAAACAUCUUAUGUUGUACCAAGAAAAAUUGUGUGCAUGAAGUACACUCAUAGUUUUCAAAGUGCUGAGGCAAAAUAUUUCUCAAAUUUCACAAUAAAUCAGAUGAUCAUGCAUCUGUACCGUAAAUCCACCUCUUUAACAAUACUGGAUGUGAAAGUUUCUGAUUCUGGCUUCUACUUUUGUGGAGCUGCUGAAUAUCAAAUGAAAUUUGGCAAUGGAAGCAGACUUGAUGUGAAAGAUAAAAAUGACACAGAAACCUUGAAAAAUGAUCAUGAUAAAUCCUCUGUGUCUGUUGAUGAUUGUUCUGGAAACAUCUUUUUAAUCUUGACAUUCAUAUUUGGUGGAUUUAUUAUUUUUACUUUCAAUAUUCUGCUCAUUUGGGCAAUUAUCAGAAAACACAGAAGACUGAAACAAAGAAAAGCGGCUGAACUCCAAGAACAACAGCAAGAUCACAAGGAGCAGGAGUCUGAUUCAGUGGAAUAUUCUGCUGUGCACUUAUCAAAAAAGAAACCCAAGAGAGCCGAAGAGCGUACUGAUAUGUAUCAGAUGUAUACUGAUGCCACAUGAUGCAUAACUCACUUAUUCAAACUUUUGUUCAUAAAAUAUUUAUUUUUAUAAUCAGCACGUUACUGUUACUAUUACACUCUAAAAAAGUUCUGGGUUGUUUUAAUCCAGGGUUUGGUCAGUAUUGGAACACAGCUGGUUUAUUGUUAUUUAACCAUGAGUUAAAACAACCCAGCACAUUUUGUGCUAUUCAUUUAUUUAUUUUGAUACAUGCUUUUUGCUAAUCCUGAUACCAACAAAAUGCUGAUAUUGCUGAAGUUAUAGUAUAGGAAUAUGUGUAAUAAGUGAGUUUUAUAGAGAAUAUGGUCAUAUUAGACAGAUUUGAAUUGGUCGGGGCUGAGUUUCUCCCUUUUAGACCCAACGCUGGGUUUUUAAAUAACUAAGCAUUUUUACAGUGUGUGUUUGCCAAGAACUGCUGUUUUGUUGUUGAUCGACAGGUUUGGCAUAGUUUUAUAAAAUAAACCACACCCCUUUAAAUAAAACCACAUUACUCUCCUUCUCCUACAGUAGUUUGGCAUUUUAACACUUAUAAAAGGUUUUAAUGGAGCAGCUGAAGCUGUAACAUGCAACCAUUCACUUGCAGGAUGAACAAAUAACAGCCAAUAAUGUUAAUACAAAAGUCAA